CAAACUUAUAACCUUUAUAUGCAGACCCACAAUGACUACUCCUCCAACCAGAAAAGAUGGUGAUGAUUUUUUGGUGUACAACCUCAAGUUAUCAUCGGUUGGGCCAAGUCGGGUAACCGGGUCGGACGUGACCCACGAACCCAAUGGGUUGGACAUAGCCAUGAAGCUUCACUAUGUAAUGGGAGUAUAUUUCUUUGGAGGGGAAGCAGCACUAGGAGUCACAGUGACUCAAAUGAAGGACUCCAUGUUUACGUGGUGCAAUGACUACUAUGUCAACAGUGGCAGGUUCUGGCGAUCCGGGUCAGGUCGGCCUUACAUGAAGUGUAAUGACUGUGGUGUGAGGUUUAUUGAAGCCAAAUGUGACAAGACUGUGGAGGAAUGGCUGCAGAUGGUCAAGGAUUGUAAGUUUGGUUUGAAUAAGUUACUUGUUUAUCACCUACCCAUUGGUCCUGAUUUAUCAUUCUCUCCUUCACUUUUUAUACAGCUAACUCGGUUCAAAUGUGGAGGGAUAUCAAUGGGCCUGAGCUGGGCCCAUGUACUUGGAGAUGUAUUGUCCGUUUCCGAUUCUUUCAACGCGUGGGCCCAAGUCUUGUCCGGCAUAAAGUCCAAUGGGCUAUUCCAUAUCCCAAAACAGCCCAUAAAACCCAAAAACUCUGAUGACCCGGUAGAACCUCUCAAUUUACCCGGUUCGGUGAAACGGGUCGGCCCAGUUGGAGACUGUUGGGUAACUGCCAAUAACGGUGAAAUGGAAACAUUUUCAUUCCACAUAAGCUCCACUCACCUCACUCACUUACAAUCCAAAAUUUGGGGUGAACCCCACAAUAUAAACCAGAUUCCAUCAUUUGAGUCCAUAUGUGCCAUCAUUUGGCAUUGCAUAGCCAAUGUGAGUGAAGGAGGGGUUGAGCCAAAUAUAGUGACUGUUUGCAAGAAGGAUCCAAUACAUACUAAAACUGGGAUUUUGAGUAACACCCAAAUUAUAAGCACAAUUAAGGCUGAUUUCUCGGUUGCAGAAGCCGAUUUGCAAGAAUUGGCGACCUUGCUCGUCGAUAAAAUCAAGGACGAGAAGAGCCAGAUUGAAGAAGCCGUUGAGAGAGAGAAUGAUGGAGCUUGUGAUUAUAUCGUGUAUGGUGCCAAUUUGACAUUCUUGGACUUGGAAGAAGCUGAUUUAUAUGGUAUUGAAGUGAAUGGAUUUAAACCAGAAUUAGUGUACUAUACCAUACAAGGUGUUGGAGAUGCAGGGAUGGUUAUUGUACAUGCCGGGCCGGGAGAUUACGACGGUGGGGGAGGAAGGAUUGCGACACUAAUUUUGCUAGAGAAGCAGCUAGCAAAGGUUAAAUAUGAGCUGAAGAAGAAUGGUGUGUUGCUUGAAACUGAGAUUGAGUAAGUGAAAAACAAAAAUUUUGUGUGAGCUUCUUUAUGUAACCCAAAGUUAUGAUGUGUGAUUGUGUUUAUCUUGAUCUAUUUGUUGACUUGUGUUAAAGUAAGAAUGUAUGCCACACAUCCUGAGAUGACCCAAAGUUACCGUUGUACGCCUCUAUAUAGUAAGCCUUGUCGUUAUUGUAUUGCAACUUGAAUUAAUGAAAAGCUUCUUGCUUCUGCU